UCCUGGUCGUAUGUUUUGGGGUUGUUUUUCAUGGCAUGGAUUAGGACCAAUUAUUCCAAUUCAUGGCCGUAUAAAUGGUGAAGUAUACACACAACUUAUGAGAAAAUAUGCUAUAAAAGCUAUAGAUUUUUUUGAUAAUGCUGGUAUUUCCAUGUUACCCUGGCCACCGCAGAGCCCAGACUUGAACCCAUUAGAAAACCUUUGGCAGGAGGUUGAAAGCCGUUUACGCAGUUCUUUGGAUAAACCUACAAGCAUUGAAGAUUUGGAAGAAAUGGUCAAAGCUACUUAG